GCCCCAUUGUGAGGUGUGAGGUGUCCCAGGCUAUUUCCAGCCAGCAGGGCCAGCACAGCCCCAGAUGCACUGCUGGUUGCAAACCAGAGCUCCUGGUUUGGAUCCCCAGCCUUGGGCCUCGCGUGCUACCAAAGGCGCCCAGGCCCUGCAUCGCUAUGGCACCGCUGCUGCUGGUGCUACUGCUGCUGGGCCUGGCCCCCAGCCUGGCCCGGCCCCUGAGACCCUGCCCAGGGCCCUGCCGCUGCCGUGGGCACCGGCUGGACUGCAGCGGCGCUGCCCUGUCCCGCGUGCCCCCGGCCACACGCCAACGGCCCUUCUCUGUGCUGGAUUUCACUGGGAAUGUGCUCAGUCUCAUCCCCCGGCAGGCGUGGCAGGGAUACCCAUGGGCUGAGAAGCUAGUCCUCCAGCACAACAACCUGCUGGCAGUGAAGAGGCGCUCGCUGGAGGGGCUGCUCCUGCUGAGGCAUCUGGAUUUAGCUUACAACAAAAUCCAGCUGCUCGAGGAGCGUGCUUUUGAGAACCUUCCUUUCCUGGAGACCAUAAACCUGGAGGGAAAUCUCCUCACCGAGAUCCGGAACGACACCUUCCGGGCAUGGCACGGGAUGCAGUUCCUCCAGACACUGGUCCUGAGCCGUAACCCCCUGUCUGUUAUUGAGGACAUGUCAUUCUUCAAGCUGCCUUCAGUCGCUCACCUGGACCUGGGUGCCACACGAGUGACUCGGCAGAUGCUGCUCAUGCUGCUCCUGGGAACAUCCCGCUUGGAAACACUCAAGCUGUCCAUCGACACGGCCUGCUGCCUCUGCCAGCACAAGCACAGCACCGAGACCCCGUGCAGGACCCUCAGCUUCGACUGCACGAGCGUGUGCAGCAGCACUGCUCCCCGCUGCGCUCCCUUGGCAGAGACACCAGGGCUCCUGACGGGAGCCGUGCCACCCAGGGAAGGGAACAGCAGCUCCAUGUUGAAGACCCAGCCCAAGGAGCCCUUGCUCAGGGAGCAGAGAAUUGUCACGCUCACGGUUGUCCUGAGGCUGAGCAGCCCCAAUGCGUCAGCACCUUCCCCUCAGCAGCUCUCGAGGCAGGAGAGCAACACCGCCAAGGAGCUGGUGCUGAUGCUGCAGCGCGCUCAGCAAAGGGGCUGGAACAGCUCCCUUGACACAAAGAGGUUCUAUUUUCUAGCAGAGGGGCUCGUGGCACAGCUGAAGAACAAGAUGCACAAGGCCACGAGCACCCUCACUCUGAAAAGCCCCAGCACAGCCCAACCAGCACAGAGCGACAAGGGGCAGGAGGUGCCAGCAGGCCAGGGAGGAAGAGCCACAG